GCCAUUGUGAGCCGGCAAGCCCUCCCGGACUAGAGGACAGCUGGUCGCCAAGUCCGGGAACUGGAUGGAUGUCUGUGAAGGGCCGACCACUGUGAUCCUUGGGGUGACCUCCUCGGUGCCCUCCUUGCCACUCCCCAAUGUCCUCCUCAUGGCCAACGUCACCUGGCCCCCGGGUCAGUUUUCCACCUGGAGAAGACCUGGUUGUACUCCAGUCAUCACUCUCAGGAGGAUUCUCCCCCUGAAGUAUGUGGAGCUAAAAAUCUGUGACCAGCUCCAACGCAUCCUGAGAGUUAGAACAGUGACUGAAAAGAUCUACUACCUGAAGCUCCACGAAAAACACCCAGAGGCCGUGUUUCAAUUCUGGGUCCGCUUGGUGAAAAUUCUGCAGAAGGGUCUGUCCAUCACCACCAAAGACCCAAGAAUCCAGUUCAGUCACUGCCUGGUGCCCAAGAUGUCCAGCAACUCCACUGAAACAACACCUGGAAGCAGCCUCCCGUCAUCCUCCCAGCCCAGCGAAAACUGCAUGCUGUUAGCUGCUGAGCAGACCAGUGGCAGUCUCUUCAAUUUCUCAGGAAAGUCCCAGCUCACAGCAGACAGAAACACCGACAUUGCCAUUGCAAUCAACGAUUCCAGCAGCUACAACAGGACACCCUCCCCAGUGGCAUCUCCAAUCAGUUUGAGUAUACCCAUGAGAGCCACCUUGAGCCACAGCCUCUGGGAACAAGAGAAUCCAGAGGAGGGCUGCCUGCAGGCUCCUGCAGCCAGUUCCCUAGGAGAGAACUUGUUGGGACCCUGACACCUAGCCAAACGGGAUGAUCUUCAGUCAGUGCAUGGGCUAUAUAAUCUCCUAUAAUGCUGUUUUCCCACUGUGGGCCAAAUGACCGUGGGAGAGGUAAGAUGGUGUUUGUAACAAGGUGCUGCUGUACUUCCACGGAUAAACCUCCAAGUGAGUUCCUAAUUGUUGUAUAUUGUGUUAUGGGGGGCUCCACACUGGGGAAGGGCUGAUUAAGAGCAGGAGCUCACACCUUGGGAAAAAUCAGUGGGAAAAACAUUCCGUCCGCUCAGUUAAAAUCCCAAAGCAGCCAAGCAAAGCUAAGAAAGCCAGUCCAGAGGAAAGGGCCUGGGGAGAAAUCCAACUUCCCCUGUCAAAGGGAGAGGGAAAAACAGAAGCAGGGCUGCUCUAAACCCAAAUGAAAAAAUUCCUGAGGGGUAGCCAGUUAGCUCAGGUGGUUAGAGCACAGUGCUCAUAACACCAAGGUUGCCGGUUCGAUCCUUGCAUGGGCCAUGGGGCUGUGACCCUCCCCCCCCCACAACUAGAUUGAAGACAACUACUUGUCUUGGAGCUGAUGGGUCCUAGAAAAACACACUGUUCCCCAUAAAAUCCUUAAAAAAAAUCAUGAGAAUGAUGGUGACCAACCAGGAGAUACCUUUGUGUUGCCCCACUUACCUCAAGUGAGAAAUUGAGUGUUUACCGCCCCACUCCCUGUGCUAGAGUAAAGCUUUGGCUGUUAGUGAAGAUAUGGCUUCUGGUAAGGAAGAUGGUGACCACCCAUCACUGGAAGUCCUGAUUGAUUUGAUUCUUCUUACCCAGGACCUAAUGAAAGCAAACUGGAAGACGCAAUGUCUGUGAUUAUCAGGGACAGGGCAGGGACUUUGGCCAACCUCUGUAUAAGUGGGGAAUAUUUACCUGGAAAAUACUACCACAAAAUUUAGUGAGCAUUUAUCAAGCUCCUGCUACGUGCCAGACCCUGAGCUCGAUGAUGGGUAUGUUAGAGAGAACAUGACAGGUGGUAAGUUGCCUGCCUUUAGGGAGGGGAUGGGAGAGAUAUCAAGCCCUAUUUUGGAAACACAGAAUGGCCAUUAAUGAUGUUGGAGCUGCCCAGUCCACAAAUCAAGGCUGGUGGACCUGCUUUCCUGUGGUUCACACUAUAGGAAAUACAAUGAGGGAGCGAAAAGGAAUAUGGCUGCCCUCCCGUGCGCCUGGCUAGAUUGGGUCAGAAAAAAACA